AUUUCCCCUUUUCAACUAACAUUAUCCUCCACCUUAUUUUCUCGCAGCAGCCGCACAUCACCAGUUUCUUUCUUCUCCCUCACUCCCUACGGCGGUCACACGCUGCCACGGCUGCCAUUAUUGGCCGCCGGCAGGCCUCUGCAGUCAAUUUUUUUCUUCCUCUUAUCUCCCCAAAACUCCAGCUCUCAGGUCCGUCAAUUUUCCCACAGGCAGGGUCGUCAUUCCCCGCCAUUUCCAUGAAAUAUGUUAUCCACUCUCUCCAAUCUCUUCCUCAAAGUUACUUCGUCCCUCUCCCUCUCUCUGUCUAACCAGAUGGUACUCAUCAAUCCCCUUUUAUAAUAGCUUCAGCUAUGGCCGCAGCAAGAGUUUGGAUUAAACCCACCUCCAAUUUUCGACCAUCCUUCACAACAACAAAAUGCAUUGAUUUGAUUGGUAAAACCAAUAAUUCACUUCGAGUCAAUGGUGUUGGUGCCACAAAUUCUCAUGCAUUCGAUGAGACUUCACCCCAUAUGGAACAAGGUAAAUCACAGAGCAUUCAGUUGAUGAAUUUCAUGGAAGAGCGUGGAAUUCGUGCCAACCAUCAAACCUAUCUUUGGUUGUUAGAAGGGUGCUUGACUUCUGGGUCCUUGCUUGAAACUAUGAGGCUCCACUGCAGGAUUUUGAAAUCGGGUUUUGAUGUAGAACCUUUACUAAUCGAUAGUCUUGUUGAUAAUUAUUUUCGACAUGGGGAUCUAAAUGGGGCAUUGAAGGUAUUUGAUGAUAAUCCCAACAGAAAUGUAUUCUCUUGGAAUAAAUUGAUUCAUGUCUUUGUUGCGCAGAAGUUGAAUUUCCAGGUGUUUGGUCUCUUCCGACGAAUGUUAGCUGAAGAAAUUACUCCCAAUGAAAUCACAUUUGCUGGGGUUUUAAAGGCUUGUGUUGGUUGCAACAUUGCAUUCAACUAUGUAGAACAGGUACAUUCUAGGACAAUCCAUUAUGGUUUUGAUAGUAGUCCACUUGUUGCUAAUCUUUUGAUUGACUUGUAUUCGAAGAAUGGGUACAUUGAGUCAGCUAAAAAAGUAUUCAAUUGCAUAUAUAUGAAGGAUAUUGUUACUUGGGUAGCUAUGAUCUCAGGUUUAUCUCAAAAUGGACUUGAAGAAGAGGCCAUUCUCCUUUUCUGUGAUAUGCAUGCAUCAGAAAUCUUUCCUACUCCUUAUGUAUUGUCAAGUGUGUUAAGUGCUUCAACCAAGAAACAAUUAUUUGAAUUGGGAGAGCAGCUUCACUGUCUAAUUAUUAAGUGGGGAUUUCAUUCCGAAACAUAUGUGUGUAAUGCUCUCGUGGCAUUGUACUCCCGUUCUGGGAAAUUGGUAUCUGCCGAGAGGAUAUUUAGCACAAUGAAAUAUAGGGAUGGGGUUUCUUAUAAUUCACUAAUAUCUGGUCUAGUUCAGCAAGGAUUUAGUGACAGGGGAUUAGAGUUGUUUACUAAAAUGCAACAAGAUUGCUUGAAACCAGACUGUAUUACAGUUGCUAGUCUGUUGAGUGCUUGUGCGUCAGUUGGGGCUCUUCACAAGGGAAUGCAAUUACACUCAUAUGCGAUAAAAGCUGGAAUGUCUGCAGAUAUUAUUCUUGAAGGUUCUCUUCUUGAUCUUUAUUCGAAGUGCGCUGAUGUAGAGACUGCCCAUAAAUUUUUCCUUACUACAGAGACAGAAAAUAUAGUGUUGUGGAAUGUGAUGCUUGUUGCUUAUGGACAAUUGGAUAAUCUUAGUGAUUCAUUCGAAAUAUUUAGACAGAUGCAAAUUGAGGGCAUGAUACCCAAUCAGUUCACCUACCCAAGUAUUUUGAGAACUUGUACUUCUUUGGGAGCCUUGUAUUUAGGAGAGCAAAUCCAUACCCAUGUUAUAAAGACUGGGUUUCAGUUGAAUGUAUAUGUUUGUAGUGUGCUUAUAGAUAUGUAUGCUAAACAUGGACAAAUAGACCUUGCUCUUAGAAUCCUAAGACGGCUGCCAGAGAAGGAUGUUGUCUCCUGGACAGCCAUGAUUGCUGGUUAUGUGCAACAUGAUAUGUUUUCCGAAGCACUUCAACUUUUUGAAGAAAUGGAAUAUCAAGGAAUUUUAUCCGACAAUAUUGGAUUUUCCAGUGCUAUUAGUGCAUGUGCAGGUACUCGGGCACUUCGUCAAGGCCAACAAAUUCAUGCUCAGUCAUAUGUGUCUGGAUUUGGAGAUGAUCUUUCAAUCAACAAUGCUCUAAUUAGUCUAUAUGCCAGAUGCGGUAGAAUUCAGGAAGCAUACUUAGCAUUCGAGAAAAUUGAUGAUAAAAAUAAUAUUUCUUGGAAUUCAUUGGUUUCAGGAUUUGCGCAGAGUGGCUAUUUUGAAGAAGCAUUGGAGGUAUUUGUUCGAAUGUUACGGACUGAAGCAGAAGUUAAUAUGUUCACGUAUGGAUCUGCAAUUAGUGCUGCAGCCAGUCUUGCAAACAUAAAGCAAGGGCAACAAAUCCAUGCCAUGGUUUUGAAAACCGGAUUUGAUUCUGAAAUAGAAGCUUCUAAUUCUUUAAUCACAUUGUAUGCAAAAUGUGGUAGCAUAAGUGAUGCCCAGAGAGAAUUCAAUGAUAUGCCAGAAAAAAAUGUGAUUUCUUGGAAUGCCAUGAUUACUGGCUAUUCCCAGCAUGGUUGUGGUAUGGAAGCACUUCGUCUUUUUGAAGAGAUGAAGGUGUGUGGGAUCAUGCCAAACCAUGUUACUUUUGUAGGAGUUUUGUCGGCAUGUAGCCAUAUCGGUCUUGUGAAAGAAGGUCUUGAUUACUUUGGAUCCAUGCAUAAAAUGCAUGAUUUGGUUCCUAAAUCCGAACAUUAUGUGUGUGUAGUGGAUCUUCUUGGUCGGGCUGGUCUGUUGGACCGUGCAAUGGGAUUCAUAGAAGAGAUGCCUAUCCCUGCAGAUGCUAUGAUAUGGAGAACGCUUUUAAGUGCUUGUGUUAUCCACAAGAAUAUGGAAAUAGGAGAGCGUGCCGCACAUCAUCUCCUAGAAUUGGAACCUGAAGACUCAGCAGCCUAUGUUCUACUAUCAAAUAUAUAUGCUGUUUCUAGAAAAUGGGUUCACAGGGAUUGGUCAAGGAAAUUGAUGAAAGACAGGGGGGUAAAGAAAGAGCCUGGUCGUAGUUGGAUUGAAGUCAAGAAUGCAGUUCAUGCAUUCUAUGCUGGGGAUAAGCUCCAUCCACUUGCGAAUCAGAUAUACGAGUAUAUAGGACAUUUAAAUAAACGAACAUCUGAAAUUGGAUAUGUGCAAGAUAGUUUUAGUCUUUUGAAUGAGUCGGAGCAAGGCCAGAAGGAUCCAACAAUUUAUGUUCACAGUGAGAAAUUAGCAAUUGCUUUUGGACUACUGAGCUUGAGUAAUAAUAUUCCCAUACGAGUAAUGAAGAAUCUCCGUGUCUGUAAUGAUUGCCACAAUUGGAUAAAAUAUGUAUCGAAGAUUUCAAACCGCCCGAUUAUAGUGAGGGAUGCACAUCGUUUUCAUCAUUUUGAUGGUGGUGUCUGCUCAUGUAAAGAUUUUUGGUAAAUGCUAGUAAGAAUACUCGUCUUUUUUAUUCUUUACUUCCAUGGUUUGGUGUUUGUACGGCCCUCAUGCUUCCUGAUAUCAACAAAGGCAUAGCCAUUGGCAUUCCGUCGACGAAUCGUCUUGGGGGAAAAGCUUCUUUGUACUGCAUUUUUGAAGACAGAUUGGAAAUGUUAUCAGCUCUUUUAGAAACGGGUUGGUGACGGCUGACAAGCUGAAAAGAAAUCUUAUCAAGCCAGCUUGGGCAGGAAAAUCUCGUGUCAGAUAAUAUGCUCCGUUUAAUUGCUUGAAGGCUGCCAUGGGGAGGAGGAUUACAAGUCUUCAAAUAUUCUUUUUGGCUGCAGUAUAAGAACCACCUGACCUGAUUUCAGAUAAUGGAUUGGCAAAAUGGCUCCUAAAUUAAUGGUCUCAGCACUCAAUUGCUCGAAUUGAAGUCCGGUAUUCUGGAAUCCUUUCCUAUCAUGUCAUCUUAACCAAAUCAGUUGAAACAACACGAUCAAACUUCAUUGAGGUAAACUUUAUUUCACUUCAAUGGUAGUUAAUGAGAUCGACACUUCAGAUUUUCCGAUGAUUAAUAGCAUGUUUGGAGUGAUUCUGAAAUGGUUAAAAUUAGUAUCUUUUUAAAAUCAUUAAGAAAAUAUUUUUAAUCAUUAAAAUAAAUUCUAAUAGCAUGAAAAUUAUGCUUAAAAGUGUAAAAUUAAACAUUGAAUAUAUUUUGAGUGAUUAAAAGUUUUUAAAUGAUUUUAGCCCUUUCAAAAUCACUCCCAAUUAAGAAGAAUCCCAAUAAUCAUUGUUAGAUUUUCCAGUUAUCAACGCUUCAAAUUUCCGAUUGAGGUAAACUUCUUCAUUGUUAGAAACUCUGCAUGCAUGUUUGAGGAUAGUUCAAGGAAAACUACUGCGUUUGAGAUUAAUCCUGUUACAGGGAAGUUGAUUCAUAGUCACACUUGAUCUCUCAUCAUCUGGACUAAUAAGCAAUGAGGAACAUAGUGUUUGGAGAAUUUUUACAUUAGGGUUUAGGGUUUAGAUCACUAACAAUAGACUGAUGUAAAUUUUGUACAGAUUUUUUUUAGUGUCACUUGGGGGUAUAAUUUGGUUCUAUUUGACCAGUUAGUUUUAUACCGAACCAGCGGUCCGAUUAAUUUGGUCAAUACUUUUGGAACUGAACCAAAUUGGCCUGAUUUUGGUUUUGGUCAAAGGAGAUCAAGUUGUUGGAUCUUUGAUUUGUAAGUCUUAUUGAAGUUUCAAGUUUCAAUAAAUUUUGAAGUACAUCAUGCAAAAA